AUGCUAGGCAGACUUCCACCAUGCGUCAUCGAUGUGGGUACUGGGUAUACAAAGUUGGGAUUUGCUCCCAACAAAGAGCCGCAGAUGAUAAUACCAUCGGCGAUUGCCAUCAAGGAGUCGGCCAAGGUUGGUGAUCAGACAGUUCGACGGCUUACAAAGGGCGUGGAAGAUUUGGAUUUCUACAUAGGAGAUGAGGCAUUUGAUGCAAAGGGCUAUUCCAUUAAAUACCCAGUGAGGCAUGGUUUGGUCGAAGACUGGGAUCUGAUGGAAAGGUUUUUAGAACACUGUAUUUUUAAAUAUUUAAGAGCUGAGCCUGAAGAUCAUCAUUUUUUACUAACCGAACCACCAUUAAAUACACCAGAAAACCGGGAAUAUACUGCUGAAAUAAUGUUUGAAACAUUCAAUGUUCCUGGUCUUUAUAUUGCUGUACAAGCUGUAUUAGCAUUGUCUGCUUCGUGGAAAUCACGGCCUCUUCAUGAACGUAUACUGACGGGUCUUGUAGUGGAUAGCGGUGAUGGUGUAACCCAUAUAAUUCCAGUAGCUGAAGGCUACGUAAUUGGUAGUUGCAUCAAACACAUACCAAUAGCUGGUCGUAAUAUAACAUAUUUUAUUCAGUCAUUGUUGAGAGAAAGAGAAAUUGGUAUUCCACCAGAACAAAGUUUAGAGACAGCUAAAGCAAUUAAAGAGCGUUACUCCUAUAUAUGUCCAGAUAUUGCUAAAGAAUUUGCCAAAUAUGAUUCAGAACCAUCAAAAUGGUUGAGAAAAUAUGAUGGAAUUAACAGUGUGACUAAGCAACCAUUUUCUGUAGAUGUUGGAUAUGAACGGUUCUUGGGACCGGAAAUUUUCUUCCAUCCUGAAUUUUCAAAUCCUGAUUUUACCACUCCUAUAUCCGAAAUGGUUGACACAGUUAUACAAAAUUGUCCAAUUGAUGUGCGUCGUCCAUUGUAUGAUAAUAUUGUUCUAUCGGGAGGUUCAACUAUGUUUAAAGACUUUGGUAGACGUCUUCAGAGGGACAUCAAACGUGUAGUUGAUGCUAGAUUGAAACGUAGUGAAACAAUAGCCGGAGAUAAUUUAAAACCAAAACCUAUUGAUGUUCAAGUGUAUACUCACAAUAUGCAAAGAUAUGCUGUUUGGUUUGGUGGUAGUAUGUUAGCUUCUUCACCCGAGUUCUACACAGUGUGCCAUUCGAAAAAAGAUUACGAAGAAUAUGGGCCGAGUAUAUGUCGACAUAAUCCCGUUUUUGGAACAAUGAUGUAG